GAGCAGCUGAAAAGAACCAAAAACCAUGACGAUGUGGAUCGAUAUCGAUUUGACAUGUCUGCAGAAGUAGAAGACAAUGUGGAUAGAGGUGGCAGAAAGAGGAGAAGGAAUGAUAACACAGCCGGAGAGAAGGUCCCUGCAGCUCCAUGCUGGUUCUGUUUAUCGAACGUAGACGUUGAAAAACAUCUUGUCGUAGCUGUGGGUGAUUCCUGCUAUGCUGCUAUGCCCAAAGGACCGCUUGUUGAAGAUCAUGUGAUGGUGCUCAGCAUAGGACACAUACAGUCUAUCGUUGCCGCACCUGAGGAUGUCAGGAAUGAAUUACAAAAAUUCAAAAACGCUUUCACCCUUGCAGCGGACAAGGAUUCUGAUCUGUCAUCGUAA